UUUCUAGCCUCCGACGCCGCUUUGACGGUUGAGUAUUCCACCUUUGCAUAGACCCUCUAGUGACUGAAGAGUAUUAAUCACUGGGCUGUAAGGCAGGAGAGUGGAGACAGACAGCUGCAGGAAAAGGGGAGGAAAUUAAAAAAAACAAAAAAAACGAGUGCGGAGGCUUUUAUUCUGAAGCAACCCUUGGGUUGGCUCUUGGCUUUUGUUGGAUCUGCUGCUAAGCCGACAUUUCUUUGCUUGGGAGGGUUGGAUAUAAGAUUUCUCUGCCAAUCACAGGCCGGUAGAUUGGGGAUGGGAGAGCUUCAGGGAAGUUUCUCUUGCUCUAAGUGGAGCAGGGAGGGCGGGGGAGCCAAUGGAGGUUCUGCUAGGAUUGCUGGGAGCACGUUGAGGCUGGGGGGAAAAGAUUGGGUGGCCAUUGCAAAAAAGAAAAAAGAGAAAGAAAUGGCAUCUGGGUUAGCUUUUCCCGUGUAUGGGUCUCCAUGGCUCUUGGGUUGAGUUCUUCAUGGUUCUGUUUGGUGUGCAUUGACCUACAGCUUUGUGCUGGAUCCAGAAGGGAGAGAAUCCUUGGAAUUGAAGCAAGCAAGCUCUGAUGAGUAAGGGAGAGACCAGACGAGAGAGUUGCAUGAAGACGGAGCUGUUGAAAGACAUCACCAACAAUAAAGAAGAAGGAUUUAAUGCUAUGGCCGCCAGCGAUGGCGCCAUAGACAAGCAAGUUGGGGAACUCAAAAUGGCUCCCGACGGCGAGACCAACGGCUCCCUGGAGUGCAACGAAUUCAACGGCCACCCCAGCGUAGCCAAGAACACUCAGGACAAUGCCAAACUGAGCCAAGCGGACUCGGUGGCCAAGCUGAGCCGGAUAGCGGAAAACGGCUUUUCCGAACGAGACGGGGAUGCUGGGAAGUCCAACCACCUCAAAGCAAACGACUUCACCCAGACCACCGUGACGGGCAGCAAUGGGUACAUUUUGCCCAAGCAGAUGGCUCAGGACCUGCCCGUCAGGACUUCGAAUAGCGGUUUUGCUUCUCUGCCGGGCCACGCCGCGAAGACGCUUCCGGCCGGAGGGAGCAAAGGGAGAACGUUCGGCCCUUUUAUGCAGGCACAGGGUGCUCUCCCGGCCAAGUUUGGAGACGGGGGUGGCAAAGACCCGGAAGCUAAAAAAACAGGCGGGAUUAAGGUCCACCGAGCCCGGAAGACAAUACCCAAGUCUCCAUCUCACCUGCAUACCAACAAAGACCCCAAAGAAACGAGAACGCCUAAGGAAGACGGCAGCAAAGCUGUUCUGGAAUUCGGAAAGCCCACCUCCUUGUCCUGCCUCCCCGGCCUUCACUCAUCUCUACCUCAGAAUCAGAGCUACGCAGCCGCCUCAAAAUCACAGACAGCUACUUCCGUAUCUCGAAAGAAAAAAAGAAGAAUGGGAACGUACAGCUUGGUUCCCAAGAAGAAGACCAAAGUUUUAAAGCAGAGAACGGUGAUUGAGAUGUUCAAAAGCAUCGCUCAUUCUCCAGACGGCAAGGUUGAGAAGGAGGAGGGCAGCCCACACUUGAACGGGGAACGAUUAGAUAUUGAUUCCGAAGAAGACGACUCGGAUGAACUGGAGGAAGAAGAAGAACGUGGAGCAUAUCAAACAGCCACAUUUCCCGUGGAGGAGAACAGAACUGCUAUUGAGAGAGAACCAGUGGCUGUUAGCAAUGCUAGAAAGAUGGUGGACGGAGAAUCGGAGGAGGAACAAGAUUCCGCAGACUCCGUUGAAGAGGAGGAAGACGGCGAUGAGUCGGAUUUGGCCUCAGCGGGGGUCUGCUCUUGGUUGCCAGGUGCCAAGGCCAAGGUGCAGUCCAUACAGGCAUGCCCAGAGCUGGAAGAAGCAGGACAGAAGCAGGCACGUAGCCCAGACAGACCCUGCCCAGGGCCAAGUUCUGCAGGAGGCAAGAGCUCCGAGUCCAGUCUCAAGAAGAAGCUGAUGAAACGGAAGGGGAAAACGGAGAGCCCGUGGUUGAAACCCACCCGGAAACGGAGGCGGAGGAACAAAAAGAAAAAAACUAACCUGAUAGGCCCUGAAUCUUACAAGCCCCCUUUGGGGAGCGGAGAAGGAGCCGAGCAGGAGAACAGCAUGGAGUACAUGGAGGUGCCCCUGCAUUCCUUGGAUCUUCGGGUGAAGGGCGUUCUGUCUUCUUCGCAACCAGAAGGUCUUUCUAAUGGUCCUGGAGCAAUGGAAACAGAAUGUCUCCAAGAAGUGCCUCUUUGUAGCUGCCGGAUGGAAACCCCAAAAAGCCGGGAGAUCACCACACUGGCUAACAACCAGUGCAUGGCCACAGAGAGUGUGGAUAAGGAGCUGAGCCGAUGCACCAACCGCGUGCUGAAAUACGAGCUGAUGCGUGCCUCAAACAAAGUCCAGCUCCUGGUGUUGUGCGAGGACCACCGAGGGAGGAUGGUGAAGCAUCAGUGCUGUCCUGGCUGCGGCUUCUUUUGCAUGGCGGGCACUUUCAUGGAGUGCCAGCCGGAAAGCGGCAUCUCUCACCGGUUCCACAAAGACUGCACUUCCCACGUCAAAGGCAUGAGCUACUGCCCCCAUUGUGGGGAGGAGGCCUCCAAGGCGAAAGAGGUCACGGUGGCCAAGGCAGACACCACCUCCAGCCUGCUGCUGACCUUGGAGCAGAAGAAACCAAGCGCUUCAGAAGGAAAGGCCGACACGACCACUGGAAGUUUCGGCGGGCCUGCCACGCAGCAACCUGAAGAAGUCAGACCUGAGAACUUGUCCACUGAGGUGUUCGAUUUGGCCGGGACAUCGACGUUCCCUAAGCCGGCCCCGACUGGCUUACCUCAAGGGCCGGUUAAAGAAACAUUGGAGAGUGCCUUGAUUGCCCUGGAUUCAGAAAAGCCCAAGAAAUUGCGAUUUCACUCGAAGCAGCUGUACUUCUCAGCCAGGCAAGGCGAACUUCAGAAGGUUCUCCUUAUGUUGGUGGAUGGGAUCGAUCCCAACUUCAAAAUGGAGCACCAGAGUAAAAGGACGCCUCUUCAUGCAGCCGCAGAGUCGGGACACGUGGACAUUUGUCACAUGCUACUUCAGGCCGGCGCUAACAUAGACACCUGUUCUCAGGACCAGCGGACCCCCCUUAUGGAAGCAGCAGAGAAUAACCAUCUGGAAACUGUGAAAUACCUCAUUAAGGCUGGAGCACUGGUAGACCCCAAGGAUGCUGAAGGAUCCACCUGUUUGCACCUGGCAGCCAAGAAGGGCCAUUACGACGUGGUGCAGUAUCUCCUGUCUAACGAACAGAUGGAUGUCAACGGUCAGGAUGACGGAGGCUGGACGCCAAUGAUAUGGGCUACGGAGUACAAGCACGUGGAGCUGGUGAAGCUCCUCUUGGCCAAAGGCUCCGACAUCAACAUCCGAGAUAACGAGCAGAAUAUCUGUUUACACUGGGCUGCUUUCUCCGGCUGCGUCGACAUCGCUGAGAUCCUCCUGGCUGCUAAAUGCGACUUACACGCGGUCAACAUUCACGGGGAUUCCCCCUUGCACAUCGCAGCCCGGGAGAACCGCUACGAGUGUGUGGUCCUGUUCCUCUCCCGCGGCUCUGACGUGGCCCUGAAAAACAAGGAGGGCGAGACUCCACUACAGUGCUCCAGCCUCAACUCUCAAGUCUGGGUUACUUUGCAGAUGAACAAGACCCUGAAAGAAUCAGCUCCAGAGAAACCCGCCCAGGUGGAGAAGAUACUAAGCAGAGACAUCGCCCGGGGUUAUGAGCGGAUCCCGAUUCCCUGCAUCAAUUCUGUGGACAGUGAGCCCUGCCCUGUGAACUACAAGUACAUUUCCCAGAACUGUGUGACUUCGCCCAUGAACGUGGACAGGAAUAUCACUCAUUUGCAGUACUGUGUGUGCAUAGACGACUGUUCCUCCAGCAAGUGCAUGUGUGGACAGCUCAGUAUGCGUUGCUGGUAUGACCGGGAUGGACGGCUGCUUCCAGAAUUCAACACGUCUGAACCUCCGCUAAUUUUUGAGUGUAACCACGCCUGUUCCUGUUGGAGAACCUGCCGGAAUCGGGUGGUGCAAAACGGACUCCGGACAAGAUUGCAACUUUUCCGGACGAGGAAGAUGGGCUGGGGUGUAAGGACAAUGCAAGACAUUCCACUGGGGACCUUUGUGUGCGAAUACGUCGGAGAGCUGAUUUCUGACUCGGAGGCCAACGUACGUGAGGAAGAUUGCUAUCUUUUCGACCUUGGCAACAAGGACUGGGACGUCUACUGCAUCGAUGCCCGCUUCUACGGCAACAUCAGCCGCUUCAUCAACCACUUUUGCGAGCCCAACCUCAUUGCCGUCCGGGUCUUCAUGUCCCACCAGGACCUGCGGUUUCCCAGAAUUGCCUUUUUCAGCAGCAGACACAUAGAGGCGGGAGAAGAAAUCGGGUUUGACUACGGCGAGAGGUUCUGGAACAUCAAAGCCAAAUACUUCAGCUGCCUCUGCAACUCGCCCAAAUGCAGGCACUCGAGCGCCGUCCUGGCCGAGCGGCAGACCAGUGCUGUUGCUGCAGCGGCUGCUGCUACGACGGCUAGCACCGCCGCUUCCUCUCAGGAGGCCCCCGAGAACAGACUCCCGGACACCAGUUCGGCCACCUUGGCAUCCCCCCCUGCCUUUGGAGGCCUUCCCUGAAGAGCCCGUGGCCCUCCCCAGCCAGGCCGUGACAUUUGAAGACGAUGCUUUUCGUUGGUUUCGUUCUGCCCCUUUUCCCAGCGAGCUCCCCCCCCCACCUCCGGUCUGCCAUAACGGUUCCCCUUUUCGGGGGGCCGUGGAUGACGGUGGCGGCGUCGCGGUGUCGCGCUCUCCUUCCCUCCUUCCUUCGCUCCCCUCUGGCGACGUGGCAGGGGGAAGACCUCCCUUCCCCUCUCUUCCCCUCCCCUCCUUUUUCACGUGAUAAGUGUUCUCCAAGCCCCCCAUCCCCUCGUCGGAACGAGGAACAUUGACAUGGACUGUCUCUCCCGUCCAAACUCUCCAUCCUUGAACAGCGGGCACGCCUCGGAUUCGUCAAACUCUGCAUCCUCGGUGGGUCAAGAGUCUCAAAAAAAGUCCUUUCAACUCGGCAUCCUUGUCUCGGAGAGUUCCGCCGGCCUCGGCACACAUCCGGGAACGGUUUUUUUUUUUGCCUGCCGCUGAAUCUUCCCUCCCACCCACUCCUUUGCUGGCUGCCUGUGCUUUGGAACAGGGGCCCAACCAGAGACCGAGUCCAAUCAAUUCUUUGUUCGCUGCUCACGCCCCAUCCCGAUUCGCCCAGGUCAAGAGAGCAAUCUUCUGGGACUUCUCCGUUAUAUCCCAGUCCUCGGGUAGCUCCUCCUUACCACUCUCCCCCCCCCCCCGCCGCAGCGUUGUUAUUAUUAUUAUUUUUCUUUAAAAUUUAAAAUAAUUUUAUUUUCCCUCCCCUGCCUUCUUCCACUCGUCUAUAGGAAUCCUGUUUUUCAAUGACACUAACUCCAAAUCGGAAGUGGAAACUUUGGGGGGUGGGGAGAGAGGGGUGCGGCGUCCUUAAUAAAAAUCGAUAUUCUUAAAGACCCUUUUGGGUAUUUAUAGGAGGGGGCGCGUUUCUUAAGCCGAGGCGCGAGGAUUGCAAUCAUCCGGAGAUUCCCACUUCCUGGAAGCCAGCGCUGCAGCGCUUUCCCUCUCCGGAAGCUAAAGGCCGAAGUUGGACCGGAUCGAGUUUUAUUUUUUAAUCAACUGGUGGGGAGGCUGAGGGUAUGGAUUGACAGUGGGGGGGGGCUGAGGGCCGGGGGGGUUGAACAGACAAGUCCCUUCUCCCCCCCCCUUCAGCCUCCUCUUCCUCCUCACCCCCCCACCCACCCACACGAGCAACUUCACGGUGCUGAUUCUCUCUCUUGCGAUUUUUACUCGACUUCGUGAAUAUAAAUUUCAGUUGUAUAAUUAAAAAAAAAAGGACAAAAAAACAAAAAAGAAAAGAAUUAAAAAAAACAAAAAGAACAAAGUGAUUUUAGUAUGAAAACGCAGGGACAGAUAAUAAAAACAACAAAACGACAACAACUAAAAAACAACCCCUCCCGUACUGCCCCCCCUUUUUUAAAAAAACAACAAA